CAAAAAAAAAGUUAUUGUUCGCUUUGUUGUUGUUUUCCUAAUCUUCCCUUCUCUUUCUCUCUCUCCUCUCUUCCUCCCAUCCCGCCCGUCCGCUGUACUCCCCUGAGACAGUUCGAGACGCAAACCUUCCCGUCGGGCAGUCCCUUCUUUUGGCACUCCACUGCUUGGUUGGAUCCCGGGCUGGCCGUUUCUGCCUCUGCCAAUGAAUAAUCUGCCUCCAUUCUAAUUUGGUGCGGAUGUAUUUUGGUCGAUGUUAAGUUUCGGUGUCUAGUCUUAAUUGUAAUAUCCCGACCUUUGUCCUUCGUUGUAACCCUUCUCCAGGAGUCAUAUCUCUCUUUCACUCUCUUUUUGUUUUGUUUCUUCGUCCCUGCGGCAUUACCUUCGUUUGCGAUAUCUUCGGUUCCUGAUUUCUAUUACGAUCACUUUCUGGGUGGCGCUGGAAUUUCCGAGCUGCAUCUUGUGCCUGGUUGGACCGACUUGGGUGCACUUAGCUUCUUUUAGCGCCUGUCAACCGGAUUGGUCGCGUCAAAAAAAUUAAAACAACAAUCAACGGCACACACCCUCCAAUCAAAACCUGCACACCACAACAAUCUGUCGCGCAGCUGGAGCAGGUUGCACCUCCGCUCUCUCCGCACCAGGCGAAGCAAGACAUCUUGCAUCGUCCCAUUCUCCAUCCGACCAUCAUUUUCUGGUCGCGUCUUCUGGAGAACAUACGGGUUUGGCAUCAACAUUCCAGGACUCUGGACCCAUUCUGCUUUUAGUGGCUGUGCUUGCUGCAGGUCGAUCGAUUGCUCGUGCAUCCGCUCGGCCCUCGCGGAAGACCGCUAUCUUCUUUGUUUACAAACAAGGGAGACAACAAACAAAACCCACAAAUCCGACACGUUCGCUCCUUCGAUUGAGCAGCCGGGUCUGCAUUCGCAACAGCACUUACCAACUGCAUAUACACUCGAUUUAUAGAGAAGAGAGAAAGACCAACAUCCCGGGUCUGAACAAGUCAUCUUCAACGCGUGUCGCAUCACCUCAAACACGCUUGAUGGUCGCCGUAUCGCCGCACUGAUCGGCACCGGAAGAAGGCACUGAUCUUGCCCAUCAUGGCAGGCUCACGGGCCUCUCCCCUGCCCGAUGGGGCCAGAGGAGGUGGCGGCGAAAUGAACGAUCCUUUUGUUACUCCCGGAACAGCCAACGCGAACCCGCUGCGGUACUCAAACUUUGAUUCCAAUCUCUUCGCUCUUGACCCUGGCUCGUCACCAACACAGGUGAAACGUGCCCUCGAGGCUCACCUGGCCGAGACCGACCGGCGGAUGCAGGAAGCUGGAAAGCUAGGAAACGCCCUCGUCGCGCAACGCAAGCAGCUUGAGGAGCGUCUUCGCGAAGUAGAACAAGUCGAGGCUCAAGGAGAGCUCGCGCCUGAUCUACGCAAGAAGCUGUUUGAUAUCGAGAAAGACUACAAUGAGGUGGCCAGGGAAAGUGCGAGGGCUUUCCUGCCCAAGCCGAGAAUUCCUAGUAAUGAGCUCGCGACUGGCUCUCCCUUCGCGCCGGAAAGCAAGGGUGGUAGGCGGUCUGUGAGCCCUUCAAAGUUCGAGAGCCAGGCUACAGGCUCUCCAACCAAGCUCAGCGUGCCGAACAGGAAGCUCCGGAAUCAGCCGACCAACAGGAUCCACGACAUUGAAUUCGCUGCAGAGAUUAGCACAUCUUUGAUUUCACAAGUACGAAACUUGCAGGCUCUUCUUUCUGAGCGCGAUGAAGAGCUUAGGGACAUCAAGGUGGAGAAGUCAAGGCUAGAGGCCGAGUCUGAGGCCUUCCAACAGCGGGUCAAGACGUUGGAUGAAAGCGAGCACCGCUACAAGGACGAGAACUGGAACCUUGAAACACAGUUGCAUGAACUGCUUGCGUCACAAAAAGAGGCCGCCGACCGUGAGAAGAAGCUUAACCAGGCUUUGAACGCGCUACAGUCAGAGAAGAAUUCCACGCAAAGGGAACUGGAUGAGAUUAAGGUGUCUCAUGCGAAACUCGUAGAGGACCACGCUGCUGCUGUGAAGCAUCACGACAUCGAGCUUGGAACUGCCAAGCGGAACAUGGCUAUGGCUGACACCGAGAGAGCCACCAUGCAGCGAAAGAUCGAGGACCUUACCAGCCAGAACCAGGAACUCGCCAAGGCCUUCUCAAUGCAACGAGGAAGGAUGCUUGAGCGGGAAGCCGCCUCAGGCUUGAGCGACGAGGACUUCGAGACUGCCAAUGAUAACAUCACCCCUGAACAUUCCCCACCACCUUCCCCCGUCAAGGGCACACCGCGACACUCUAUGCUGGAAUCUGAAACCCUCAAAACUUCGCUCCUCCACGCUCAGCGCACAAUCCAGAGUCUUCGCACCAACGUCCACCGUGAGAAGACCGAGAAGCUCGAACUCAGGCGCAUGCUCCAAGAUGCACGUGAUGAAAUUGAGAAGGCCAGGAGUGAUCCCUCUAGCGGCAACAGACCUAGCCGCAAGACAGCCUCUCGCGAGUUCAAGAAGCCCUUCCGCCCUGCACAACUUGGUGAAGCCCGCAUCAGUCGCAGCGAAAUUUAUCUCGAGGAUCCUAAUUGGGAGGAGCAGCCUGGUGAUCCUAUGAGCCCUACUCGGCCCGUGACGAACUUCAGAGGCUCCCGAUCUAGUGAAAUGCCUACUGUUGUUGAGUCCAGUAGCGACCAGUUUGAUACAGCUCACGAGACCAGCGAUGCGGCCUUUGAGACGGCCAACGACGAACGCGCUACUGAGACUGAGGAUUUCCAGACGGGUGCUGAGGAGAUGUCGGACGAGGCAACUGAGACCGAGAGUCUUUCGAGGGGUCUAGGACGGCUUAAGAGGCCCCCGUCACUGGCCUUGAACCAGAACCAGACCCGCUACGAGUACCAAAGCACAGCGUCCACCUCUGACGAGGACGACGACUACACUUAUACUGGAUCUGACCUCACAAAGACGCCCACUACUAUGCCAUCAAGGCCGCGCAACCGCUUCAGCCGCAGCAGCCGCAGUGGAUUCUCUCGCUCCCGUUCUCGACAGACGAGCGAAGAGCCCAACCUGCUUAGCAGCCCUGCCAACUACCCGGGCAGUCCCGCCAGCUUUGCCACUAGCAGUGCCACUGGAACGCCGCAGGCCGCUGGGCAGAGCCUCUUUGCUGAGCUGGGUGAGCUCGAUGGCAGCGAUUACGAGUCGUACAAUGGUGCCACGCCUAGCCGGCGCAGUGUCAGGUCCAUGAGUGUGAGGUCCAUGACCCCAGCUUCUGUCACUCGCCGCACUGGGUCUACGCCCCCUGUGCCCCCUCUGCCCAAGGCCAUUAUGGUCUCUAGCGGUAUGAUGACCGAGCCCGUUAGUAUCGAGCCAGCGUCGGACACUAUGGAUAGGUUCAAGGAGCGACCCUUUUCGAUGAACUCGGUUAUCCGGGAUGGCGAGACCUCUUGGCUCGAUUCGAGACCCGUGUCCAUGUUGACAUCUUCUUACAGUGAUGCGGGCGCACAGCAUGAUCCGGACAUGGAGCAAGAACUUGCUCGAUUCCCGUCGCCUCCGAGGCCCGCCUACAGCCUUGGUGACGCACCUAUCCCUAUUCUGACGCCGCCGCUCUCUUUGAGCUACUCCUCAAUCCAGGCAGAGAAUAUUGAACCCUUGAGCGACCCUGAAGUCAUGCCUCCUCCACCGCCGUCUCUCAGCUUCUCAGGAAUCCAAACCGAGGACGUUGAGCCUCGUGGCGAGAUCGAAAUCCCACCACCUUUCUUCAGCAUAUCCAGCAUCUCUGCAGAGGGCAUUGAGCCGCAUGAGGAGCCGGCAGCUCCCCUGCCCGCUCUUACUAUUUCGACAGUUCUUGGCGAAGCUAUCGAACCCCAGGCCGAAGCUGAGAUCCCCCCGCCUGCACUUACCAUGUCGUCCGUUCUUGGUGAGGCUAUUGAGCCCCAGGCUGAGCUUGAGAUUCCUCCCCCUGCACUUACUAUCUCAUCAGUCUUUGGUGAAGAUAUCGAGCCCCAGCCCGAGCUUGAGACACCUCCACCUGUACUCAGCAUAUCGACCAUGGUGGCCGAGGGCAUUGAGCCUGUCAGUGAACCCGAGAUGCCGCCUCCAGCUCUGAACUGGUCUAGCAUUCAGGCCGAACACAUUGAACCACAUAGCGAGCCUGAGAGCGCGCCUCCGGUCUUCACUAUUUCCUCCAUUUCUAUGGAGCAGGUCGAGCCACUUAGCGAACCCGAAGUGCCAUCGGCGACUCCUCCGGCCCUUAGCCUCUCGAGCAUCGCUGCUACUGUGGUCGAGCCUAUUGCUGAGCCUGAGCGUGAGCCUGUAGCUGAACCUCGUGACCUUCUUGCCCUCGGGGCUAUUGCCAAGAAGACCUCGGAACCAAACGAGGAGCCUGCGGAGCCUGUAUCGGUUCCCGUUACCCUCGAUUUCUCAACUAUCCAAACCCAGUUCGACUUGCCUCCCGUCGAUCCUGUGGUACCCGAUGCUGUUGUUCCGGAACCGCAACAGCUAUCAUUCUCGGCGAUUUCGGGCGAGAUCGUUAAUCCUUUGGCUGAGAUUCCUCCUGUCCUUGCAUUUUCGUCUAUCUACGGCGAAAACGUGGACCCUGUGGCGGAUUUGGAGAUUCCUCCGCCUGAGCUUUCAAUCUCGACAAUUGCAACUGAGCAAGUUGAACCUGUCGCCAAUGUCGAUCCUGUUCUCUCCAUGUCCACAAUCGUCACCGAGUUUGUUGAGCCCAUCGCCUCCGUCCAGCCUAGCCUCUCACUAUCGACCAUCGCAACUGAGACUGUCGAGCCCGUCAGCAUCCCCGAGCCCGAGAAGGCUAUGUUCUCUAUGUCUGCCAUUGCAACUGCGGUUGUUGAGCCCGUCAGCAUUCCGGAGCCCGAAAAGGCUGCGCUCUCCUUGUCACCCAUAUUGGGCGAGCAGGUGGAGCCAAUCGAGCCUCCCGCCAAGCGACUGCGUGCCGUUGCACCACUCGGUUAUUCGAGUAUCACUACUACUUGGGACACGGAGCCAGUGUCACCCCGUAGUCCUAAGCGUAACGGCUUCAUCAUUCCCCGUGAUGACGAACGACCUGUCACCCCCAUCGAUGGCGUGUUUUCUCUGGCUCGUGGCAAGAGCAAGGUCAGAGAGCCCUCGACCCCUAUCAUUGCGGAGGACGAGACACGUCAGUCCCCGAGUGCCUCGCCAAGCGUCGAGACUCCCGAGUCGCAAAGACCGCUUAAGGAGCUGCCUUCCAAUGUCAACGCCAAGCCUGUCCGCAAGCAGGCUGUGCCUACAACCGACCAAGGUGCCCAGACCUCUCUAACAUCGGAGGCGAUUGACCAGAUCAUGGCCCUGCGGGCAAAGGCAAGCACCCCCACGAGCCCAUUUUUCUCUCAUUACAAGACAGACUCGUUCGGCACCAGCGUCGGCACGCCUGGAACUGUCCGCAUCAGGAGGUCACAAGAGAGCCUUAGCAGUGUCAUCCACCACAGAGUCAAGCCUGUCGACGCUGACUUGGAUGGACAGAGACCUGGCAGCGCUGCAAGCGGGCACGCGUCGAUCCACUCCCAAAACCUUCCGCCGCUGCCGUCGAACCACAAGGAGGUCAUCCAGGCCGCACGCACAGACUCCUCGCAAGGCGGCCCUGGCACCAUCACCACCAUGGGUCCUCCCUUGCUGCCGGCAUCCGCAUACAAGAACCAACAGCGCCCCCGUACGCCCAACGGGUCUAAGAGACCCAUGUCGCCCGCCUCGAUAAUCUCUGGGGGACGUGGUACACCAACUCCCAGGCCGGCCCGGACUGGAUCGGCUUUCGGCACGGCAGAGGUUCAGUCGCCCUCGCGCAUCACUGCACACAGCAGGCAGUCAUCCAUGUCGUCCUUUGUUUCCGAGGUCGAUGCUCGGUUUAACAUGCAAAAUGGCAUGUCGGUAGGCAUGCAGGAGCACGGCUUCGGGCCGAACACGGAUCCUCGUAUGAUCCAGGCAAUCACGCAGACAAUGAUUGGUGAAUACCUAUGGAAGUACACUCGCAAGGCCGGCCGUGGGGACUUCUCCGAGAACCGCCAUCGCCGUUACUUCUGGGUCCACCCCUACACCAGGACGCUGUACUGGAGUGACAAGGACCCGUCGACGGUUGGUCGGUCAGAGGCAAGGGUGAAGAGCGUUCCCAUUGAGGCCGUCCGGGUUUGCACCGACGAUAACCCUAUGCCACCUGGCCUUCACCGCAAGAGUUUGACCAUCUUGUCACCCGGCCGUGCUAUCAAGUUCACCUGCACAACUGGCCAGCGUCAUGAAACCUGGUUCAACGCACUCUCGUAUCUGCUGCUCCGUACUGAGACUGAAGGCCAAAUUGACACGGAAUCGAUGGCGGAGCACAUCACCAGCGAGGAUGUUGACGAGUUCAACCCCCAAUACGGACAGCGUGCCGCGGCUGGCACUCGGGCGAACACACCUCGUCCACCACCAUCGCUUGCAUCCUACACUUCGCGGACGCCUCGCAACGAGACUCCCACUCCCUAUGGCAGCUCGUAUGACGUGCCGACAUUGACAAAGACGCCCAAGAAGAACGAGAGUCAGCAGAAUUCACAGAGGCCGGCUCUGGGCACUAUGGGCCGGAUCAGUGGUUACUGGAAGUCCAGCCACGUUAUCUCGGGCACUUUUGGCAGCCUCAGAAGCCGCAGUGCCGGUGCCGUCCAGCACCCGCGUGGCACCAUAUACGAGACCAAUGAGGUUCACGAUAGCGCGGAGGACCUGAGACUCAUGUAUGAGGCUCAGGAUCGUGAAUCUGCAAGGCUGGAGAACGUCCGUGCUUGCUGCGAUGGUAAACAUGACGUUGGAACUCUCCAUAAGAGGGGAUUGCUUGCGUCCCACAGCCAUUCGCACACUGGCGCGUCAACCCCGACCAUUUCGGGUACCGUCAAGUCUCGCGCUUGAUUGGUGACUUUAUUGUCCUAUUUUUUUUACAGUAUCAAGUCAUCCAAACACAUCUUCUCGACUCUCGUUAACCUUAUUUUCCCCAAAACGACAUUCGCUCAACCAUUCUUUCACAAACUGUCUCAAAAGUCGGACCUCUGCUUUUUUUAGUUGGGUCUGUUCUCUACUGCCUUAUCUUAAGGACUCUCCUAUUAUUGUCACGAACCCCCCAACUGUGCUUUUCAUUAAGCUAUUCUACACGACGUCGAUGAAGCCGAUUUCCUUUUUGUAUGCUAUAAGGGUUAAUUGUCACCCAUGCUAGUUCUACUCAUAAAAAAAAAGACCAAUUGUAUUUUGAUAAUUCUUGACAAUAUCUUGGUACCUGUUCGCGCAA